GCGUAGAUCUUUUUCCUCCAAGAACCCUAGUUUUCCUCCUUCGGCUGGAUCAGAUCUCUCUCUUCUCUCUGUGUUUAAGUUAUAUUCUUCUUCUUUGAGGGACUCAAAAGAUAAAGCAGAAUGUCGAGUGCUUUAGAUGUAUCUCUUGACGAUCUCAUAAAACGCAACAGGAAGUCUGGAUCCGGCAAUUUUCGUGGCCGGGGCCGUGGAUCGGGGCCUGGACCAGCUCGCCGCCUCCCUAACCGUGGGGUCAAUCGUGCGGCACCAUACGCCGCCGCCAAGGCCCCGGAAACGAUUUGGCAGCAUGAUAUGUUUGUGAGUCAGGCAGCCGCGUUCCCGGCUCAAGCAGGUCGUACUUCUGCUAUAGAAACUGGAACAAAGCUCUACAUAUCUAAUUUAGAUUAUGGGGUGUCAAACGAGGAUAUCAAGGAACUGUUCUCCGAGGUUGGUGACCUGAAACGAUAUGCAAUUCAUUAUGAUAGGAGUGGGAGAUCGAAGGGAACGGCAGAAGUAGUCUUCUCACGACGAGUAGAUGCUGUUAAUGCUGUCAAGAGAUACAACAAUGUUCAGCUUGAUGGAAAGCCAAUGAAAAUUGAGAUCGUGGGAACAAAUCUUGCGACUCCUGCUGUGACUCCUGCUGUGACUCUUGCCGCUGAUGGCACUUUUGGAAACUUAAUUGAAGUUCCCAGAGGUGGACAAGGCAGGGGAAGCAACUUUGGGCAACAACGUGGUGCUGGAGGUCGUAGAUUUGGAAGAGGGCGUGGACGGGGGAAGGUCCGUGGUGAAAAAGUAUCUGCAGAAGAUCUUGAUGCUGAUCUAGAGAAGUAUCAUUCUGAAGCAAUGGAGAAAAAUUGAAGAUUCACCUUGUGCUAUUUGUUGGCUUUGAGACCUUAUAUGAUUUUACUUGAUCGUUGAGUUGACAUCCCUCACUAUUUUGUGUAUCUCUACCAAAUCAUCCUCCUUAGAGAAAUUCUCAUAGAGAGAAACUGUUAAGAGUCUUAUGGCUUUUGGGCUUUUAUUGUUGAUUGUUCGUUUGACUUGGGUAUAAACAAUGUCAGUGACUGGAAAGCCGUCAGUUUAUAAUCUGCUCUUGUGCUUUUGGUUUCAUUAGCUUAUUUAAACCUCUGUAUUUUUCCACAAGUUGGGGAAUGAUAGUCAGAAGUGGUUCUCUCGGUUUCUCAUAUGUAAAGGGAACUUUGGCUGCAAGCUAUGGGAGGAUUGGAUCUUUGCCGAAUAUGCCCAGAGCUGAAAUGUCUUUAGGUUGCUCCUGCAUUAAAAACCAGGGUGACCGCAAUUGAGGUAGAUUUCUUGUUCUUUCAACUUGUGGACAUUUUCGGCUGUUAAGAAUUCUUUCUUCUGUGGUGUUGAUGAUACAGUUGCUUCUGUUGGUUAGGCACUUAGAAAUGUCAAUUCACACUCUAAUGUCUUUGGAAUUGUAACAUUUGUUCCCUUGAUUAUUUAGUGUUGCUGCUUGUGUAGCCUAUGUAGAAUCUCUCUGCUUCACUUUGAACCUGAUGGUUUGAUGGUGGACAAUGACCUGUUGAAGACAGUGCAAUUUGGCAUACGUGAGCUUGGUAAGGGAGCUUGUGUUCUAGUGAAGGUGGUAUUAUGAGACAUGCACAACAGUGGUUCUGAAGUCUGUACUUCAAGUUUUGCAGAAACUGCAAAAGGUUUCAGCAAAUGGCUAUCUACUUUCUGUGGUACAAUGCGUGUACCAUCAGGUCGAAUGUGCAGUCAUGCAUUAAUAGUUCUAUCUUGAAAAGGCUGAACUAUUUUACAUGGUUAAAGAUUAAGGUGAAUGCUAUGACCAUAUGAUUAGGGUCCUGCAUUCAGUUUGACUACUAAGAUUGAAA